AUGGACUCUAUAAGCCGACUACUCGACUGGGCGAGUACACAGGGCAUAGUUCUCAACGGAAUGACACCCAAAGAGCUCCCAGGCUGCGGAAUAGGUCUCGUAUCAACGCGCGCGAUAAAGCCUAAGGAGACGAUCCUGAGCGUGCCGUCCUCCGCCCUCCGCACACUGGAAAACACGCCCAAGCCCAUCGUCGAUGCCCUCCCUGGGGCGACGGUGCACGCCAUCCUCGCCGCCUCUCUGGCUGUGGACCUGGCCAACCCGCCGUCCGACGACUUCCGCAUCUGGAGGGACGUGUCCCCGACGCCGCGCGACAUGACGACCAGCAUGCCCAUAUGCUGGGAUGCCUCUCUGCAGGCUCUCCUUCCCAAAAAGGCCCGCACGAUUCUGGACAAGCAGAUUGCCAAGUUCGAGCGCGACUGGGCGGCCGUGUCGGCGGCGUCAGCCUCAAAGGUAGAGCCCAUCAGCAACCUCACCCGCGAAGCGUACCUGUACGCUUGGCUGCUGGUCAACACCCGUACAUUCUACCACACCACACCGACGACGAAGAAGAAGCUUCCCAGGGAGGACCACAUGGCGUUGCAACCCGUGGCGGACCUGUUCAACCACUCGCCCGACGGGUGCGCCGUAUCCUUCACGUCCGCCGGCUUCACCAUCACCGCCGGCGCCGACAUCCCCGCCGACACCGAGGUCUUCAUCCAGUACGGCUCGCACUCCAACGACUUCUUGCUGGUCGAGUACGGCUUCACGCUCCCCCACGGCCUGAACUCGUUCGACGAGGUCUGCCUGGACGAGUACCUCUGCCCGCGCGUCGCGUCCCCCUCCAAGAGGAGGAUGCUCGAGGACAGGGGCUUCUGGGCCGGCUACAUGCUCGACUCCGAGACCGUGUGCUACCGCACCCACGUCGCCCUGAGGGCCCUGUGCCUCCCCGAAGACGAGUGGAUCGAUUUCGUCGACGGCCGCCGCGACGAGGAUCUCGAUCAGCACCUCGUCGACAGGGAGCUGCUCAGGAUCCUGAGACGGUACGCCGCCGACAUCGCGGACACGAGGGAGAAGGUAAACGACGUCAGUGUCGGCGAUGUCAUGAGGAAUCGCCUGCGAGAACGGUGGGAGCAGAUUGCCGACCUGGUCGACGCCGCCAUAUCAAGGGCAUCAGGCAGGAUUGGCAAUCAUGUAUGA